UUAUAAUUCCGUUUUCAGGGGCAUAUUUUUGCAUUGUGACUAAUUCAUUGAUAAGCCUAUCGUACAUCAGUCAGAACAGGGUGACGACAUUCGUGUAUUCCAGCUAUGGCAGCAGAAGCAGCAGGAAGUUUGAGUUCUGAGGCUUGUGGACUCUCCUAGAUCAGCAAGGAAAUCGAACUAGAACAAAAAACAAAACAGAAAAAAAGUGUUCUUCCAAAACGGAAACCGUCUUUUUUCGUCUUCGUAGCAUCGCUGGUGUUCUAACUCUCGCUAUCCUGCGUUGAAGGAAAACUUCCUGUCAUGUCAGAGUCGCCGUUUAAAGCAGCACCGGCUUUUCUGACAUGAAAAAUGGACCCCGAAAGACGAUUUAAUUUCGUCAUUUAUACCAAUUAAUAUUAUAUAGUGACAUGGAUUGCAGUUAAAUUUUGUGCAUUUCCUAGCCUGCGUAUCGUGUGAGUUGGAUACUUGUGAGCUGCAUUGCUUUCAAAACAUUUCCCUGGGAAUAUUUAAUCCUCCUUGCAGAUAUUUGAAGGAGAAUAAAAAAAAAGUGAAAAUAGUCAUGGAGAGUUCUAAGGGUAACUCUGACUCUUCUGAAGAACAGACUGAAAAUGAUGAUAUAAAGAAUCCAAAUGACCUCUUUGAGCUGCUAGAGAGGUUGUCUACUAGUCGCCUGGAUGAUCAGCGAUGUGCUCUUCCUCUUCUGCUUCAGACCUCUGAUCCGCAACAAAAAAUGAAGAAAGAAAACGAUUUUCUAAAAGAAAUGCUAAAUAACCCUGGACCAUAUCCACUCGUUGCUUUGCCUCCAGGUGGCGGGUAUUGGAUAGAUGGCAUUCAUCAUAACUACCCUACAGAUAGCCAAGGAAAUCCAAUUUUACCACAUUAUGAUUUUAUUCCCAAAAUUGAAAGAGAUGAAUCUGCUCAAUUAUAUAGGAAAUUUUUCUAUGGAAAGGAACAUUUUAAUUUUAUUGCCCUGGAUGAUACUUGGGGUCCUCUGGUCAUGUCGCUCAAAGUAGAUGUUGUUUCUAGUCAAGAACAGCUAAGAGUUCUAAUCAGAACCAAAGAAGGACUUCUGCAAGAUAUUUUUCAUGUUAAUCAUGCUUCUACUAGCGCUUUAAAUCCUGUACAGAUAUCAAAAAUUAUGUGUGAAGACAUCAUCACUGAAAAAUUUACUCCUGUUUUGUUUCCUCGAGCUUCAGAAAUGCUACUUGCAUAUGAUGAACAUGUCCUAGUCAAAACGUUCAAAUUUGGUGUUAUUUACCAAAAAUUUGGUCAAACAACAGAAGAAGAACUGUUUGGUAAUCGUACUCACAGUCCUGCUAUGGAAGAGUUUCUAGAUCUUUUAGGAAACCGAAUAAAAUUAAAAGAUUUUAAAGGGUUUCGGGGUGGUCUUGAUGCUCAUUAUGGCCAAACAGGAGAUGACUCUGUGUAUACAACAUAUAAAGAUUGCGAAAUAAUGUUCCAUGUUUCUACAUUGCUACCUUAUACUGAAGGUGACUCGCAACAACUACAACGGAAACGUCACAUAGGAAAUGAUAUUGUUGCAAUAGUUUUUCAAGAUUCAAAUACUCCUUUCCUCCCUUCCAUGAUUGCCUCUCAUUUUUUGCAUUCAUACAUUGUUGUUCAAGCUGUAGAACCACUUACCCCAAAUGUGGCGUACAAAGUAUCUGUGACAGCUCGAGACGGAGUUCCAACGUUUGGUCCUAAUUUACCCAACCCUACAGUUUUCAGAAAAAAUGAAGAAUUCAGAGAAUUUCUUCUUACAAAAUUAAUAAAUGCUGAGAUAGCUUGUUAUAAAGCUGAAAAGUUUUCAAAACUGGAAAAACGAACAAGGAUAUCUCUAUUACAAUCAUUAUAUGAUGAACUAAGGAUAAAAACACAAGAGUUUUCUGGUGUAGUUGGUGAUACUGGUAAAACAGAAAUUAAUGGAAACAGUAAUCGCUUUCUGGACUCUGUUCGUAAAGCUAUCACUAGUCGUGUUAGAAGUCAUUCUGUUGAAACAAAUUUAGCAAAUUCUGUGAUGACUAAACGUUCCUCUUCAAGCACAUCUAACAGCAGUUUAUCUUCAAUAGUUGCUGGGGAAGUUUCACAAAAUGUUCCCAAGGUACCAAAAGAAACACUUCUAAAAAUUUCAUCUCCCAGUUCUGUUAGAAGCAGGGAAUUUCGAAAUAGAAGUUUGGAUUCUCUAAACUCCGGUGGAACACCUCAGUGGGCAAGAACUAACAGUAGUCCUGGGACUCCCAUAUCCAGUCCUGAUACACCUCCACCACCACAUUUUAAACCAAGACCUUCUGAAUCAGACUCCUCAAGUGUCAAUAGUUUAGAGUUAGAACAGAUGCAUAAUGGAAGCACAGACUUAACUAAUGAUUCUACAUUCUGCUGUGGUACAGUUAGUGAAACUAACUCUACAAAUUGUUCACAAUGCACAGAAAAUGAAGCUCUUAUUAAGCAGUUUGAAAUUCUGAAGCAAGAAGUCAAUAAACUAAAAAGUGACAAAUUAGAAUUAAUAAAACAAAAUAUGGCUUCCCAGCGGGAAAUUAAAAAAUUAAAAGAGAAAGAAGUCAAAUUAACAACUGACUUGUCUUUAGCAAAACGUGAAAUGACUUACCUUCAUGUUCAACUGGCUGAAUUAAGCACUACAGAUAGAUACACAACCAUAUAGUGUACCAUAUUACCAUUCUUUUCAAAGUAUUUUUGUGAUAUUGAUAUUUUAAAUAUGCUAUUGAAUCUAUAUCUGUGUAUGCAGCAUUUCCGGUGACACCACAACACAGAUGUUACAUUUAACAAUACAUUUUGAUUGAUAAGGUUUAAAAAAAACUGAUUUAUAUACAGAUACUUUCUAGAAAGUUUGACAUUUACAAAAAUAUGACUCUUAUGAAUGUUCUACCUGUUAUUGUUAGAAAGGUCAAACAAUUGUUAUUGUUGCUCUGAAUUUAAGUUUAAAGCUUAUCUUGAAAACUUCACUAUUUUUUUAUUUUGACAUUAGAUAUUUGAAAGUAUUAUUUUUAACUGCAGAAUCUGUAUUUGAGUUUUAAAAUUAUUGCCAUUAUUUUCUCUUUCUUAAGGAGUGGUAUAUAGAAGUUUCAAAAGAAUUUUUGUAAAAUCCCGUUACAAAGAAUGAAAUACCUUUGAUUGAAAUUUAUAGUAUUACAAACUAAUAACUAUAAGGUAUUUGUGUUAUUUUUUAUUUAAUUUUCAAAUAACAUUUGUCAGUUUUCCAGCAUUUUUGCAUGUUUUGAUACGAAAUUUUUAGCCAUAAAGAACAACUAAAAAACAGGAAUUUUCUAAUUGUAAUAUUUCAUAAAUGUUCACAGACUUGUUGAUCAUAAAAAUGCUUUAUGAAUACAUUUAAAAUUAAUUACACAAUUCUUUAAUUAAAAUGAAUUAUCGCCUAAUCUAAAAUAAUUGAAUAUUUUUGCCAUAGGAUGCAAUUAUACAACCUAGAUACAAUGGUUUUUAUGCACUUUUUUUUCCCUUCCAAAUUCUCAUAAGCUAUUAGAUAAGUUUUAUGUGCUAAAGUGCACAAAGGAUGACUUUAUCUAAUUUUCCUCUAUCAAGACUUGUUUUGCAUUCAUUAACUAUAAACAACAACUACAACAUUAUUUUUAUUCAAAAAUGUGCAAAUUGAUUUUAAAUUAUUCUUUUCUUACAAAGAUUUUAAAAAAAUAUUAUUAAUUUCAUAAAUUAUUUCCUAUUUAAAAAGUUUGAAGAAAUAAUAUAGCUCUUCUAAUUAAUAAUCAUCAGUCAUUUUUAAAAUGCACAAAUAAUUGAAACUUUUCAACAUCUUUUAAAAUUUCUGCUUCUAAAUAAAUCAACUUAUAAUAUUGCAAUUUUCUUUAUUUUUCCUGUUCUCUUUAUAAGUAUAUAUAUAAUAUAUUCCUCUUUCUGUAUUUUAAAAACCUACAGUAAAGAACAAAAUUUUCAAUCACUGAAUUUUCUUUCCAUUGUAAAUUAUUCUCAUCCUUUGUUAUCGGGUCAUUAAAGCAAUGUCAAUUUAUAAAGGUUGAAAUGAAAAAACUUAGUAAUGAAAUAAAUGAAAGAAAAAUACAAUUUAUAGAUCAGUUUUUUUACAUGGUAUAUAUGUAAUAAUAAUGUUUAUAUUAAGUUUAUUAUUAUUUUGUUCAUAAAAGCACUGUAAAAUCGAUGCAUUUUUUUUUUUAAUUACUAAGUUGUAUUAGCUUUGAUCUUCAAAUUUUUAUCUACUGUCUGUGAUGCUUUACAAUUUUUGUUUAUUAAAAGUUUCUCUGAUAAAAUAUUGACUUGUAAAUAUAAUUUUGAUUGUAUUUUAAAAUGUAUUAUUUAAUGUUACUUUUCGCAUGUUUACUAGCUUGUUAUUUCUCUGUGUUGUGACUUUUCUAUUUUGUAAUUAAUUAUGGCAAUGUGUUAUUUUAUAAAAAGAGUAUUUCUAAAGACUUUGCAAAUAGUUUUAGUUCUUUUUCUGUAAAAUUGGAUUUACUAAACAUGGUUAAGUUGAAUAUUAUAAAAAGUGCAAAAGAUUUUUUUCAUGUCAAGGGAAAAAAAAAAUCAUAAAUUUUUGUACUGUAUUGUAAAUUGCAGCAGUUUUUCAGGCUCAUAAAAUUAAGAUGCUUGUGAAAGUUUAUAUUGGAAUAGCAAAAAAUCUUUAGUUAAUUCUUUAGAAAAGAUCAUGUUAAAAAUGAUUUUUUUUUAAAGAAAAGGGAGAUAAGAAAUGUGUACCUUUUCUCUUUAAAGACUACUUUUUAAUAAAUGAUGGAAACAUUUAUGUUUAUUUCAUAUCGCAGAUAAUUUGAUUAAAAAAAAUUUAGUGAAAUAUCAGGCAUAAAAAGUUUCCAACAUUUUUGAUAGCUUGAAUAAAUUCUAAAGGAAUAAAGAGAGAGUAUUACAAUGGAAAACAUUUUCAUAAAAUAAAAGGGAUAUUAAAAUUAAAUUUGAUGUUAAUUCAUAAUCUAAAUUUUUUAGAUUAAAAUAUUCUAAGAACUAAAUAAAUAAAUUAAAAAAGUUAUACAUUUCAUUCAUCAUCUGUAUUUUAGGAGUAUUUAAAUGCACAGUUAAAAAAAAAAGA